UCGCACGCUUUUCGCCUGCGUACAAUAAUCACUAUUAUAGAUCGACCUGCUUGCCCUUGUCGCGCGCACCAGCUCCGCCCAAUCAGUGGCUCCUCCUCGAAUUACCAUGCGCUCCGCGUACCCUGACCAAGGCGACCGGGUUAAGCUGUUGUACACGAAAUGUCUACAGCAGGUGCCUUGACUUCGUCACCGUCUCUGUCUCCGCGCUCCUCCUUCCACCACAGCAGUCCCCGUGCAUUCGUGCCUGCUCACCGCUCUCCGGCCGCCAAUCGUGUCUCACCAAGAGCCUCAUACUCUCGCCCGUUCAAUGCACCGGCCACAUCCUCCGCGCCUCAACAGCCACACAAGUCUUUCCUCGAAAGUGAGCCGGUAGCGGGCAGUGGAGCGGGCUACGUGGAUGCUGGCACCCAGUACUCGCCGGACGGGUUCCCACCAACAGCAAAGGUGGCUGCAGCGGCUGUGGACAGGCCGGUGGGGAGCAGGACGGCGGCCAGCGGCAGCAGCAGUAAUCCACCCUCUACUGCCACCGUCACCGUCACGAGGAAGCGCAAAGAGGCUGCUCCGCCGCCGGACUCGUCUCCCGAGCCCAUGAGCGGCGCCAGCGCCUCCUCUGGCGCGCCACAUUCUGCUCAGCCCAACGAGCCGGGAGUUAGAGACGAACGAUCUCGCGUUGUUGGCAGCGCAAGUACACCCUCAAACACAGACCCCGAGCUUCAGGAGGCCCGCUCGACUCAUGGACACUCAGCCGCGCCCAAGAGAUCCAAAGCAGUACCCGGAAGCUCAAAGAUCAUGCCGCUGAAGUACGAGACCUGCAGCCCUAAAGACUUGGGUGUGCUCAUUUCUAAUAUGCUCAUGGAGCUCAUCCGGAUCAACGACAGAAUACCCUUGCGCGACGGACGAUUGACUAGAUUUCAUUCCCGGGCACCACCAGGUAUAAGCGUGUCUGACUACCUCCAGCGCUUAAUUCAACAUGCAACACUUUCACCGCCGAUAUUACUCAGUAUGGUGUACUAUAUUGAUCGAUUGUGCACAUUAUACCCAGCUUUCACCAUUAACAGCCUCACGGUCCACCGUUUUCUUAUCACGGCGGCAACCGUAGCAGCGAAGGGGCUCAGUGAUUCUUUUUGGACUAACCCUACUUAUGCACGGAUAGGAGGCAUUCCCGUGUCGGAACUGGCGACUCUCGAACUGGAACUUUUGCAAAGAGUGCAGUGGAAGAUUGUGCCGAAACCAGAGGUCUUGGAGGAGUACUAUUCGAGCUUGGUAGACCGUGCGGAUGGCUAUGAAAUCGAGGCGGGUAGCGCUUCCUCUGACACCAGUAGUUUGGCCGAAAGCGAGGAGGCCGCUUCUAGCUCCAGCCCCAAACUUGCAAAGCGGGAAGACGAGAACAUGGACGUCACGUGAGAAGAAUGGUGGAAACAGAAAUUAAGCGAUUUCGAAAACGCAUGGGCAAAAGAAGGCAGGGAACCAGACCAGCGAUCCAGCGGACUCGCACCUGAGAACUUACGAACAAGGUACUGGCAAUGUGCCAGGAGUAGCGAUCAGGAAUGCCAUGGCCAUAUGUCAAAAGGAUCGGUUUUCCUAUUGAAUCGCAGUCAGUGCCGCUUUGCAGGGCUCUAGGCUUACAGAUACAGUGUAUUGUCACCUGUAUCUGCAUCUGCGGAGCUGGGUACAUGUGAGAGGAGAGACUGGGCCUGCGAGCCCGCAAUAUAGCCGGAAUACUCUGCUGCGCAAGCCGCAACUGACAUGCGAGGAGGUCGUUCUGACGAACGGUACGUACAGAUUAUGAUGAGACGGCGGAUUGGCAAUUUGAGCGUCCAGCAACAUGCAUCAGCAGGCAGUAUAGUGUGGCUUUGAUACAGCAUGACCCGAUACAAAUUCGGUCCCUAAAUUACCACAUCUUGAUCAUG